AUGGCACAAUCGAAUGGCUAUUUUUUAACUGUAAAUACCACAACACAUACUUCAAAUUCAUUUAUUGUUAAUACAACAAUGUUAUCAAAUUAUUUAUUAACAUCGACAGCGGCUACUGCAAAUAUUUAUUCAACAUUAAAUUCUCGUCCUCAUCGAACUCGUGCUGUUAUUAAUGCAAUUUAUAUUAUUGGUAUUGCAUUUAUGAUGGUAAUAUUUUUCUUAUUGUUAUACGUUAAUCUUCAUGGUAGACGUUGUUGGAUAGAACCGUCGACAAGUCAUGUUAAUCGACGAUCGCUUUUAAGACGAAAAAUGCAACAGGAUAGAAACGACGAUGGCGACGAAUAG